ACGCCCAACAUAUCCUCCGUCAUUACUUCCCGCUUUCGUUCCCAUGGCGAAGCCUCUGACUCCCUCCACCACAUUUGAACAAGCGUUCACGGUCGUCGGACAAUGGGUCUACACGCUCUUUCUAUUCACAAAGAGCGAUAUCAAGACAACUCUCGUUCCGGUCUCAUUCUUCGCUUUGGCUGCGGCUCCGAGUUUAAGGCUGUCGUAUAUGCCUGAAGCGGUGAUCUGGCUAUGGUUGCACCUUCUCCAAUUCAACGUCUCUAAUCAGACAAUGGAUCCCGAAGAAGACCAGUUCAAUAAGCGUGACCGCCCACUUCCGUCAGGCCGUAUCUCCCUCAAGACUGCACAAAUCCUUCGCUGGUCACUUGUGCCUAUUUGUUGGCUGUACUCCCUGUUGUACAGCGUUGAGGUUCUAUGUGCAAGCCUUGGCAUGAUAGCUGCGACGAUCGUCUAUAAUGAGCUGGGUGCUCAUGGACAGUGGCUCACGAGAAAUGUCUUGAACGGCCUCGGCGUUGCCUCCUUUGAGUUAGGUACGACUUUGGUGGCAUCCAGCAGUCGCCACUACUUGGAUACUACUGCUAUCGUCGCUAUUUGUCUCAGCUCUGGCCUCUUCGCUACCACCAUCCAAGCUCAAGACUUCAAGGAUGUGGAGGGUGACGCUAUGGUCGGUCGCCGAACGCUUCCUAUCAUAUACCCUAAGACUGCUCGGUAUACAGUGAUUGUACCGCUGCUGAUAUGGUCAUGUGUGUUGUGGUACGUUUGGCAACUGGACAUGCUACUAGGAUGUGCAUUCGUCGCACUUGCUUCGUAUGUUGGCUAUCGUUAUAUCGCGCUAACCAAGGUUCACCAUGACCAAGUUUCGUACUAUUGGUACAACGUCUGGCUUUCUGCAGCAAACGCACUUCCAGGUUACUUUCGGUACUUCCACCAAUGACGGGCCUUUCUUUGUUGAACAUAUUAUUUACACAUCAACUUCUACGCUCAUUUUCAGUCACUCCUUCGGACAUCAUCGGACAAGAUAGAUGUAGUACUAUUACUGGUAAUGCGCAUAACUUGCGUUUUCCCUUGACUGAUGUUCCCGAAGCUAGACUUUUAGACGUAUGUUGUACAACAACAGUUGCCUUUUUGAGCUUGUUGUAUUUUUUGUUGGUUUUGACCGUUGAUCGAUCGAUCUACGAUGAUGUUAUGAUUUCACGCUUCUCCCAGUCAACCGUGGCCUUCUUGUUCCGUUUUGAUCAUUCCGGACCAUCGUAUCGAACAGCUGCGAUGUAAGAAAUGAUUGAAGGUGUCUGUUCUCUUUGCAGUAUUUGGUUUGGCUUCAAACUAGCGACGUAGCAGACUCACCAACCACGUCCUUCAUGUUCUUCCGAUCGAACCUUCCCCUCUGCGCCGAGAUGUUGCUUUCUAGAAGAGAGUCGAAUCCUUGCUUCUGUCGGAUAUUGUGCGUCGUCAUGCAGAAGGGCAGAUGCUCUCUGCUAUUUCUCCAUAUUCCUUCGUCUUUCGAUUCUUGACCAGAGAGGGACUCAGAUCGUUGCUCCUGAUUACAUUCUUCUCACUCAUUCACUUCAUGAUGGUUGGGUCCUGAAUGGAGUAUGCCUCAUCAUUCGUUGUAUCGUCCUUGUUGUGGCACCGAAUGCUAUAUAUCUC